CAGUACAGAUUUCUGUCAAUACAGAAUAUAGUUAAGAUUUUGUUUAUAACUCGUGAUUUAGAAUAGUUAAGCUUAUUUAAAAAAGACUAUUUUAUAGCCAAGGUCGAUCUGAGGUAACGUUCAUUACACGUUAGUUAUAAAAUUAUCCACUUUUUAUCUUAAUUAUUUAGAUAAAUUAUAAAAUCAUGUUAUCAAUACGAAGUGGUCAAAAACUUGGUGCAUAUCUUUGGUUGCCAACGUGCAUUGAUCAUUCUAAUCUAAAGCAGAUCAGGAGAAUAACUUUAAGCAGUAUAUGCUCUUUUAAGAAUUUUCAUACUUUAUCCUUUAAACAAAUUAAGUACAAAUACAAAAUAUAUUUUGAUAUAGAUAAUAAAGUUAAGCCUUUGUUAGGAUCAAACACAUUAUCUUAUAUUGAUUUGUCCCAUUGCCAGGAGAGAAGAUAUUCAAGAUUAACUACAAGAAUACUCAAUUCUUCAUCAAGUGUACAACCCUAUAUGAAACUUAUGAGAAUAGAUAAACCUAUAGGAUCAUGGUUGCUAUUUUGGCCUUGCGGUUGGAGCAUAGCUAUGGCAGCACCUCCAGCCUGUUUACCAGACUUCAAAUUAUUGACGCUAUUCGGAUUAGGCGCAUUUAUAAUGCGAGGUGCUGGCUGUACUAUAAAUGAUAUGUGGGAUAAAGAUAUAGACAAAAUGGUAGCAAGAACGAAAGAUAGACCUUUGGCUACUGGACAACUAACGUAUUUACAGUCGCUUAUUUUUCUUGGAGGACAAUUGAGCUUAGGCUUAUUCGUGUUAUUACAGUUAAACUGGUAUAGCGUUUUUCUUGGCGCAAGUUCUUUAGGAUUGGUAAUAAUUUAUCCUUUAAUGAAAAGAAUAACGUAUUGGCCCCAAUUAAUACUAGGAAUGACUUUCAAUUGGGGAGCUCUUUUGGGAUGGUCAGCUGUGCGAGGGUCAUGUGAUUGGUCCGCGUGCCUACCUCUUUAUGUUGCCGGAGUUUGUUGGACUAUCAUAUAUGAUACUAUUUACGCUCAUCAAGACAAAGUAGAUGAUUUGUUGUUAAACAUUAAAUCGACCGCGUUAAAGUUCGGAGAUAAAACGCAAUUAUAUUUGUCUGCAUUCGGUAUAUUUAUGACAGUAGGAUUAGUAACAUCUGGCAUUGUAACUGCACAAACUUGGCCUUAUUAUGCAGCAGUAGGAUUAACUGGAAAACAUCUUGUCAAUCAGAUAUAUACUUUAGAUAUCAAUAAUCCUAACGAUUGCGCUAAAAAAUUUAUAUCUAAUCGGAAUGUAGGACUGAUUCUUUUUAUAGGUAUUAUUUUAAGUAAUUUAUGCAAAGAUCUCCCAGAAAAGCAAGAUCAUCGAAAUAAGCAAGAAAAGAAGGAAAAUAGUAUAAAAUAAAUGUACAAGUUAUUGGAGUGCCAUUGAUUAGUCAACAUAUACCAAAUACAUACUUUUAUGACAUAUGUCAUAUUAUGUACAUAGAAAAACAA